AUGCAACGCUCACCGGCAAAAGGUUUUGCGGAAGAUGCAACAGAGAGCCAGAACCAAUCUCCUCAAGAUCUUACUUGCAAACAGCGAGACGGUCAUAUCCUUGGUGUGAAGGACGGCCUCAAGGAGAAGAUCGCCGAGUUGGACGGCAAGUAUGCUGAGCACGACGAGAAGGUCAAAGCGGUCGAAGAGCUAGCUGCACCUCUGACCAACGCCAAGGCCAUGUCCUCGACGGAGCUUGUGCCCCUGCUCGACAAGCUGGAGGAGCAGGUCACUGAAGCCAAAGAGGCAGUGCUCGCCUUCAAAACCCAGGAUAUCACCGAGGAGAAGAAAGGUGUUGACAAGGAGCUGGCAGGCUGGUUCCUCAUUGAGUGCAGACCGCUGGACUCCAAGACUGCUGCUUUGGACGCCCGCCUUGGCAGGCUCAGUGCCACGCUGGCAAGGUGCCGUGCCGAUGUCAAGGGCAAGGCAGCGCAGGAGAUGCAGCAGCUAGAGAAGCAAGCGCUGGCUGCGCUCCGGCAUCAUCAGCAUGUGAAAGAGCUGUCCAGUGAUGACGUGUCCAAAGACAUGGCGGGUGAGAAGGAGACUUUGGAAAAGUCCGACUUCAUCAGCUUUUUCGCCAAGUGUGAAAAGCCGGAGGGCGCCGACAUGUCAGAGGAGGAUCUUUCCCGGGUCUUCGAUGUCCUCGCAGAGGAGGAGACCAUCGAGCAGGGUCGAAUGACGGCGCUCAUCCGCUGCUUUAAAAAGGUCGUCAAGGAGACCGUUCUCACUCGAGACAAGAGCGUCAAGGGUGACUCAAUACGGAGACUCCUCGCCGGAGAGGUGCUAGAGCUUUUGGGCGCCGAGGCGGCCGACGAGGAGGCCGGUGUGCGGCGGGUGAGGUGUCACGCGCUGAGAGAUGGCGCGGAGGGCUGGGUAACUACUUCAGGUAGCAAUGGCACACCCUUUCUGCAAGACUACAGCGGCGUCUACAAAGUUGUCAAGGAGACCAUCCUAACCGAGGCGUUUGAGCUCGACACUUCAGGGGGCAAGGAGGCCCCACGCAAGCUCCGCCCGGGUGACCUUGUGGACGUGCGGAUCUGGCCGAAGAAAGAUGACAAGUCCGGUCUCAUGCGCCUCAAGUGCAAAUGCCGGACGGAUGGUACGGUCGGCUGGGUGACAGCGGUGGGCAACACAGGAACCACUUUCCUGGAGGCGCCAACGGAUAAAUAA